CUGGAUUAAACCGAGCCGAACGUCCAGGAUGAGGGAGAAGCGAGCCGACUUUGUGGCCGGAUGUCUGGGAGGAAGAGUCAUCGCCGCCGGUGGUUUAGGUAACGAGCCGUCGCCGCUGGGUUCGGUGGAGAGCUACAACCCCGCGAAACGACGGUGGGAAUACGCGGCGCCGAUGCCGACGGCGCGCUGCUCCUCCUCGCUCCUGCAGACGGCCAGCAUGCUCUUUGUGAUCGGCGGCGUCGCGCAGGGGCCCAGCGACGCCGUGGAAGCCCUCUGCUUCCAGGAGACGGUGUGACACAUGCGUGCACACACACAUACACGUGGGAAUAAUGGUUAAACACAGACCAACCAACACACACACACACACACACAUAUAGAUUGGAUCCACAGAUCUGAGGAGAUCUGAGAUACUUUCUCUUGUGUGUGUCCCACCACUCAUGGAUGUGUCUUGUACACUGGGAUGUAGAGAAGGAAGCCUUAUUCACAUUCAAGCAUUUUCAGACGGGAUCCGUGGAGACGUUCUGCGACAGAGACGGACGGAAAAAACACAACACGAGGAUGUUGAAGCUGUGACUGACUGACAGGAGCAGAAAACUGUCAGCUUUGCUACUCUGGGGGAAUCAGACGGAGACACACACGAAAAAAACACACACUGAAGAAAUAACACACGCCUUUGAACUGUUUUCAUUUUUCAGAAUAAAAGCAGGGUACUAUUUUCUGGCUAUUAAAGGAACUUAGGGCCAUAUAUGUAUUUUCCUCUCUGCUGCGACAGCAAAGCUCGGACACUUUUCUAUGACUGGUGACGUUCUAGGUUUGUGAAUGUCUGUUUUGGUUUUUUCCUCCUAUAGGUGGCAGUGUUGUAUCAGUAAUCAGUUUGCUUUACAUUUGCUGUCAGCAACGGCUACCACAGUGUCAACAACAACAAGCGUUUACACCCUUAGACCAUAUAUGAAAAGUGGACAUAGCCCUUUUCCCUGUAUGAUCUUGUUCUUUAUUUGCUCUUAAAACCCUUUCAAGAAAUGUUCUUUUUAUUCACACAAAACCUCCUAAAACGACUCUAAUGUACAGUUCCAGCACGACUCGGUUUGGUAUCGGUCACGUUGUUUUCCAGGACUUCAUAGUUCCUCCUGAACAUGGGCGGAGUCCAAAAUGUUGUGACAUAGUUUUAUACGCGACAAACACAAACUAGUGACUAGUAAAGCAGAUUGUUUGGCUCUA